AUCUGAGAAAAAUGUAAAAAUAUAUAGUUGUGCAAUGUGCACUGAAUUUCAAAUUUGCGGAAACUGACACAGCAACAUUCCUGAUCAAUAUACUGUGAAGUCCUGCUAUUAUAGUCGGGAUUUUGGAUAGCCAGGAAUUCAUCAUGACUCAUGAGUAUUAAAUUUCUAGUCAUUAGUUAUUUAUGCGUUUCAAGUUAUCUUGUCCUUUCUCGUGGCAAAGAUUUUGAUGAUCACUUCUUGUAUAUGUAAUUAUGUGUCAUAAUGGUUGGUUUUAAAGGCUUCCUUUGACCAGAAAUCUUAAGCUGCUUCAAAUUUUUCAAUGAGAUAAUAUAAACAUCACGAGCCCCUUGAAGCUUCAUGUUAAUGAUAUACUUUUCUCUUCUGACUAAAAAAAUGGCCCAACAUUUUAUAGAAGAAACCUACUGAUUCGGGUAUAUGAAUCUGAUUUCUGACCCAAACUAACCAAAUUUUCAGGCGGAAGGUUUGCUUAAAAAUUAGACAGAGAGGAAUAAUGUCACAUGCAGUAUAUUGAGUCAACGAAUUAUUUAUUAAUUUAUGAUUAAAUAUUUCCUCUUACAUCCAACUGAACUGUGUCACCAUAAUUUAGCAUGCAUGCUGUUUUGCAACCCCAACAUAUGCAGGAGAGAUGAGUCUUUACCCCUUACCAAUAAAUUCUUUAACAUAGUACUACUUUUUAUAACAUGUUUUUUCAUUAUUACUUAAAAUUGAUUGAAAAUUAUAAAAUUAUGAAUAACAAAUAAUCGUACUAAAUAGAAGUAUGACAUACAUAAUUUUCUAUAAAUUUGGGCUAACAAAAAAAACUGUAUUUAAAAGAGGUGUCAUACUGGACAAUAUUUUUCUCAGAAUAAUGUGAUAUAGAAGCUACCUGUACUAAUAGGGAAUAUGAGAACAUGACGAUUAGAUAUGUUCUUGAUCCUCCCUAGAAUUGAACACUUUUUUUUAUUAAAUUCCAUCUGUAUGAUCUAUCUUUUUCUGUGUGCACUUCCCUCUGAAAUUGCCAACGAAGGCAAAGUCCAACAAUGGAAAUCAAUAAAUAUAUUUCAAACCUAGAUGCAAUAAAUCAAUCCAAUUCAUCAUUGUAGCAUUAGUAUAAUACACAAAGCGACAAAUGACACACAAUUCUUUGACUAUUUGAAACUAACCUAUUACUAUGUUAGCUUAUUAUAAGAAACUCUACGCUGAUGCAUCCACUUUUCAAGUUACAAGUGAAAGCAACAAAAAAAAAAUGGCAGGUAUGAAACCGUUUUCUCUUUCAUAGUGUGAGAGAAAACACUGACGCAUGAGUUGAAAAAGAAGCACGAAACUUAUUGCUUGUCUUUGUUACUUGCCACGAAAGACCAUUCAAAUAUUGCAACUACAAAGAUUGAAUCUUUCAACUGAAACAUUAGUGGGACUAGUCAAAUAUUGGAACUCCUCAACUGAAACCUGGUUCUAUGGGGAGUGAAAACAGCUUUGCAGAAGUGACAGGAAACACAACUAUGGAUUCAGCAGAGAAGAGGCUCAAUGAGCUUGGUUACAAGCAAGAACUGAGAAGAGAAAUGACUAUGUUCAAAACUUUGGCGAUAUCAUUUUCCACAAUGACCCUUUUCACUGGAAUUACACCUCUCUAUGGUUCUAGUCUUCAAUAUGCAGGCCCUGCAACUCUUGUAUGGGGGUGGAUAGUGGUUUCUUUCUUCACUUGGUUUGUUGGGAUUGCAAUGGCUGAGAUAUGCUCAUCCUUCCCGACAACUGGUUCUCUGUACUUUUGGGCUGCCCAUUUAGCUGGUCCAAAAUGGGGACCAUUUUCUUCAUGGUGCUGUGCUUGGCUUGAGACUAUAGGGCUUAUAGCUGGGAUAGGGACUCAGGCAUAUGCAGGAUCACAAACAUUGCAGAGUAUAAUCCUACUCUCAACUGGCACAAAUAAAGGUGGAGGGUACUUCACUCCGAAAUGGCUAUUCUUAUGUAUGUACAUUGGCCUCACUGUUAUAUGGGCAGCACUAAACACAUUUGCAUUGGAAGUGAUUGCCUUGAUCGAUAUAGUUUCAAUAUGGUGGCAGCUUAUUGGUGGAUUGGUGAUAGUCAUAAUGUUACCUCUGGUAGCACUAACUACAAAAUCUGCUUCAUUUGUAUUCACCCAUUUGGAAUUAGCCCCUGAAUCAACAGGAGUAUCAAGCAAACCAUAUGCAGUUAUUCUAUCAUUUCUUGUCAGCCAGUAUUCCCUCUAUGGCUAUGAUGCUGCAGCACAUCUAACUGAAGAAACCAAAGGUGCAGACAAGAAUGGACCUAUUGCAAUACUAGGUAGUAUUGGGAUCAUUACAGUAUUUGGAUGGGCUUACAUCUUGGCACUUACAUUCAGCAUUCAGGAUUUUGGUUACCUUUAUGAUCCAAACAAUGAGACUGCUGGAGCAUUUGUUCCAGCACAAAUACUCUAUGAUGCAUUUCAUGGAAGAUAUCACAAUUCUGCUGGAGCAAUCAUUCUACUAUUUGUCAUUUGGGGUUCAUUCUUUUUUGGUGGGCUUUCAAUUACUACAAGUGCUGCCAGAGUGGUCUAUGCUUUGUCAAGAGACAAGGGAGUUCCUUUUUCACACUUGUGGCGGCAACUGCACCCAAAGUACAAAAUUCCUUCAAAUGCAGUGUGGCUCUGUGCUGCAAUCUGCAUUCUUCUUGGUCUCCCAAUUUUGAAGGUCAAUGUAGUCUUUACUGCAAUAACUUCAAUAUGUACAAUCGGAUGGGUUGGUGGUUAUGCAGUUCCAAUCUUUGCAAGGCUUGUCAUGUCUGAGAAGAACUUCAAGCCCGGGCCGUUUUAUUUAGGCAAGGCAAGAAGACCAGUCUGUCUGGUGGCAUUCCUAUGGAUUUGUUACACAUGUUCUGUAUUCCUUUUGCCAACUCUAUAUCCAAUUACUUGGGAUACUUUUAAUUAUGCACCAGUUGCUUUGGGGGUAGGUUUGGGUAUAAUAAUGCUUUGGUGGCUAUUGGAUGCUAGAAAAUGGUUCACAGGGCCAGUUAGGAAUAUUGACAUUCAAAAUGGCAUGGUGUGAUAUCCUUGAUCUC